AUGAAUUCUGAAACCUCAAAAUUAAGAUAUAUUGAUAUCGGCAUCAACUUCACCGACCCUGUAUUCAGAGGAGAAUAUCACGGCACUCAAAGACAUGAAAACGACUUCGAAGAAGUCAUUCAACGCGCCUUAGACUCAGGAUGCAAGAAAUUCAUGAUUACCGGAUCGGACCUCGAAGAAUCGAAACAUGCCAUCGAGAUAGCGAAAGCGCAUCCAGGCUUAUGCUAUGCAACCGUCGGCGUGCACCCUUGCUCAGCAAAACAGUUUGAUACACACCCUGGCGGUCCAACCACCUUACUCUCAGCCCUAAAAUCCCUAGCGUUGGGGGCCAAGGAAGCAGGCCACGUAGUAGCCUUCGGCGAAAUAGGCUUGGAUUACGAUCGCUUGUUCUUAACGCCUAAAGAUCAGCAGCUCAAAUUCUUUGAGGCGCAGCUGGAAAUUGCCGUGGAAGUCCAGUUACCACUGUUUUUACAUUCAAGAGCGGCAAGCGAGGACUUUGAGAGGCUACUAGGUGUAAAGCUUGAACAGCUGCCGAAGAGAGGGCUUGUGCACAGUUUCACAGGGACUGUUGGGGAGAUGCAAAGACUGGUGACGUUAGGGUUUGAUAUUGGGGUAAACGGGUGUAGUAUGAAGACGGACGAGAAUAUCGAAGUCGUCAAGCAGAUUCCACUCGAACAUCUACAGAUCGAGACAGACGGCCCUUGGUGUGAAAUGCGGCCGAGUCAUGCAUCGGCCAAAUUCCUCAAGGAUGCCCCUCCUCUACCCAAGGCUGUGAAGAAGGAGAAGUUCUCUAAGGGACUUAUGGUCAAAGGACGCAAUGAGCCCGCGACGAUACCUCAUGUCGCAUAUGCGAUUGCAAACAUAAAGGACAUCACUGUAGAGGAAGUGUGUGAUGCCGCAUGGAAUAACUCCACGAAGAUGUUUGGACUUGGGGAUCAAGCAGAAUAA